AAACCACACGAGGCCAGCUGGACGUGAGUCUGUGAUGGUGUAAGACUCUAGAAACGGUGAGGUUUAUUCGGGAAAAUGUGUGCUUAUGUACAUCAGACUGGGAUGUGAGGCAGUACGCCUAUUCCUAGACACCUAGUGAGAUGGUUUAUAGAGGAGAAAGAUAAAACAGUGUCCAUCAUGAGGUGCCACUAUGAGGUGCUGGGGGUCGCCCAGAAUACUUCCGACAGUGAUCUCAAGAAAGCAUACUAUAAGAUGGCUCUCCAGUGGCACCCAGAUAAAAAUCCAGAUCGGAUGGAGGAAGCCAAGACUCAAUUCCAGCUGAUCCAGGCAGCCUAUGACACCCUCUCCGAUCCUCAAGAGAGAGCCUUCUAUGACCGCAACCGAGAUAGCAUCUUGCGAGGAAAAGCAUCAGAGGGAGGUUCAAAACCUGAGACUCUUGACUUAUUCAAAUACUUCUCAUCUCAGUGCUACUCUGGCUUCAAUGAUUCAGAGAAAGGUUUCUACACUGUCUACAGGCAAGUGUUUGAAAAAUUGGCUGUAUUGGACAUGCAAUAUAUGGAUGAUGAAGAAGAAGAAAUAUUCAUACCAAGCUUUGGUCAAAGUGACUCUGAUCUAGAGGAUGUUGGGAGAUUUUAUGCUUACUGGUCAAGUUAUUGUUCUGCCAUGGACUUCCGUUGGGCUGAUGAAUAUGAUAUUCGAGAAGCUCAGCGCAUGGGCCGGUGGGUAGAGAAAAAAAUUGAGAAAGACAACAACAAGGCUCGUCAGAAAGCUCGGAGACAGUUCAACGAAGAAGUGAGGGCUCUUGUGGCAUAUGUUCGGAAGAGAGACAAGCGAUGGCUGGAACGAAAAAAACAAAUUAAUGCCAAGAUCGCAGAAAAUGCCCAGAAGCAGCUAGCUUGUCAGCAGAGGCAGAGAGAGGAGCGGCAGAAGUCAAUGAAGGAGGAUGUGGAGCAGGAGAGAGCAAAUCUUGCAGCUUAUGAAGAACAGCUCAAGCAACUAGAGGGACAAUUUGCUCGUGAGUGGGGACUGACAGACAGUGAGGACAGUUACCAGAGUGAGGAGGGAGAGGCUCAGGAGGAGACUGAAGGGGUUGCAGAAAACCAGGAGACUGGAGAGGAGGAGUUGCUAUUGGAUGACCUUUAUUGUGUUGCCUGCAACAAAGCCUUCAAAACAGAAAAAGCUAUGGAAAAUCACCAACGAUCUAAGAAACAUAAAGAAAACUUGGAGGCAUUGAAAGCUACUAUGAAUGCAGAGGACAGAGCAUUCUUCAACACCACUGCUUUUGACAAUGAAGCUGAGCAACAAAGUGAAGAAAGUCCUCAAAAAUCAUCAAAAAAGAAGAAAAAGAAGAAGAAAUCCUCACAGGAAAGCCCAUCUGUUCUUCCUACCACAGACUCUGUAGGCCGUAAAAAGAAAAACAGGAGGAAAGAUUUAAGCAAUUUAGUAUCUAAUGGAUGUUCAUCAGAGGAGAGUGAUGAAGAAAAGGAAGUGAAGGUUAUGGAUGUAGAUAAAAGUUUAGAUGCAAAUAAUACUCCUUUUGAAACUGACAAUAAUAUAAGCAGUAAUACUUUAGACUGUGACAAAAGUAAUAAUUCUGAGGAAGUUUUAAAUGAAAGCUCCAAUGCAGUGAAAUCUACUUCAUGUGUUGAGGAAGACCAAGAAAAAAAAGAAGCCAAGGAGGAUGAUGAAGAGAUACUGGAGGCAAAGCCAAAAUUGAAAGGCAAAAGAGCUAAGGAUGCCAGGAAACGAGCCAAGGAGGCUAAUUGUGCUGCAGAAGUAAAGGAGACGGCCCAGUGCAGUGUGUGUGGUGGUGUGUUCCCUUCCAAGAACAAGCUUUUCCAGCACAUCAAGAAGGAGGGUCAUGCUGCCCUCAAAUCAGUGGGGAAGGACGCCAAGGCAACAGGAAAAGAGACUAGGAGAAAAGUCAAGGGGAAUUGAUUAGUUGUUGAAAUAGUUACUUCAAUUUCUCAUUUAUCUUCAAGUGUUUAUGAUGACUUAGUCAAAAAGCUUUAUUUUGUUGGCAAGAUAUAUUAAGAUACUAAUACUGUGCAAAAAGAAAUGUAAUGGUGGAUGUUUUAUAAAAUCUCUCCUGAGGUAAAAAAAAAAAAAAAAAAAAGAAUGUUCACUACCAAAAAAUGGCAAUCAAUUUUUAGGAGAAGGAGAAUGAUUAUCAAAUGUUCCAUGACAUUUUUAGGUAAAGUGCAUGUGAAAUAUUGAUUAUCUUUAUAAGCUGUACAUUGUACAAAAGGUAAGAUAGAGUGCUAGUGAGCAGUUUUAAGAGGUGUUUGAAAGUAGAAAAUUAGCUACAGCCUUGAAGUGCAUGAAGAUGAUAGACUGUAGGAGGAUGACUGUAAGUGUCUGGGCCCACAUGAUGUUGUGGAUGAAGGAAUACAUGUAGAGACAAGGUACAGAAUAUGUGAAUUCAAAAAUAUUGUAAGGAGGAAUAACAGAAUAAGGCCACCAGAGCCAAGAUACAUAAUGGCAAGAGGUCAUCCAUCUCAUAAUUUUACAUGACUCAAACUAGUCAAGCUCUGAAAGUUUGAAAAUUCCUUUUUUGAAAUUUCUUUUAAUAGUCUUCAAUUAACCCAAGACUUGUCACUAUUUCUUUAGCCUUAUAAGCAAUAUCAUUGUAAAUCAGCUACCACAGGAACAGACAUGAUGUACUACUGGUGGUGCACUAGCAGGGCUAUGGCUGCCAAACUGCCUUGUGCCUGUAGCUACUCCUCACAACUACUUUUGUGUGUGUGUGUGUGUGUGUGUGUGUGUGUGUGUGUGUGUGUGUGUGUGUGUGUGUGUGCGUAAUUCACCACGAUCAUCUGCUGGUCAUAUAGGGAGCCUUUACUCUAUGGAAAGAUCUCAGAGGUCAUAGACCACAUCACACAGCUCACCACACCACUGUGAGGCCAUAACCCCUCGAAUUACAUCCUGUACUUAUUUUGCUGCUAGGUGAAUAGGGGCUACACAUUAAGAGGCUCACCCAUUAGCCCCACUGCACCCAGGAAUCAUAUUCAGGCCUUCUCGGUUGUGAGCCGAGUGUGCUAACCACUACAUUAUGCGGUGAGUGUGUGUGUGUAUGUGUGUGAGAGAGAGAGAGAUUGCGUGCUUAGACCCAGCUAGUUGCUACUCCCCUCUUUGCAAAGACAUCAAUCAGGUUCAGGCACUGGCACCUCAGUGGGCCUUAUUUUAUCUUUUCUUUUUGUUGCCCUCAGCCACAUCAUCUUACCUACAUAGAAAAAGAGUAUACAGAUGGAUUUACACAUAUAUUAAUCAACAUCAAGUUGCAUACUGUCUAUUUAUAUCUAUUUAUACAAGAUACCAUAUUUUCCAAUAAUAAAGAUUCAAAGUUUCCCUUGAAAAAUUGUAAUUAAAGGACCUAGAGGUUUAGGUCUCAAAGUUUAAAAAUCUAAUGCUAGUAGCUAUACCGAGACUGGCAUGAUCUUUUUUUUUUUUUUUUUUAUACCAUGUGGGCUUGUUUAAAUUAUACUCUAUUAUUAAAAUCUCAAAUUUACCUUUUUUUUUUUUUUUCAUUCACCAAGUGUUAAGCUUUGAAGGAAAUAAGAAGAAAACUGUUAUAAUAUUAAGCUGCAGAUAGAUAAUUUUGCAUCCAUUUUAUGUAGCAUGAUGGUAAAUGUGUUCAGUAAUAUAUCUAGAACCAUGAA